AGUAGUGCGGGUAAUAUAAUUAUAAAUGAACUUGUUCCUGUAAAAGAUAUAACUCUACCAAUAACUGUAUAAUGGACUUUUUGGUUCCUUACCAAACCAACAAUAUAUGCAGAGGAUUGGAGAACUGUAGUGUAUGUGAACAGAUAAAGGGUUUUGAUGAUAUUGUCCACCAAAAUCUAACUGAGGAAUACUUCAAUCAAAAAUACUCCAGAACACUUCGUCCUGUCGUGGUGAGAAAUAUAGCUCUGGAUUGGCCGGUUAUUCAGAACCUUGAUUUUGAUUGGGUUCGGGAUAUAUAUCUCAGGUAUACUCCAAGAUACCAAAACAUGCGAAGACGUCUUCUUUGGAUUAGAACCAUAGUUCUUUUCUGUAUGUACAAAAUACAUGGUGAGGACUGUAUGUUCACCAGCUAUAAGUACUAUCAGUUCAGAAACUUUCAUUCCGUUUUCAGGCUGACAACCUCCAAGAUGUAUUUCGGAGAUACAGGACGAAGCUGGUAUAUCAGCUGGGUGGUUUGUCAGGAAACUGUUCUCAGGGAGCUCGUUAAACUCAUCAAAGUUCCCGCUUUCAUUUCUCAGAACAAUAGUUUGGUUAAUUAUACAAACUCGUUGGCUCCAACUCUUGAACCGUCCAACCAACAUAAUCCUAUCUCAACUCUUGAACCGUCCAACCAACAUAAUCCUAUCUCAACCGACCAACCGUCUGAUUCUACUACAACUAACUCUAAUAUUACGGAUUCUGCAGAAAACAAAACUUCUGUAGAGAAACCGAACAUGCGCUUGUUUAUUGGAUAUCUUACGGAGUGUGUACUUUGA